AUGCUUGCUGUUGCCGUCGCAUUACUUGCAAUAUUCACGCCUCUGAUCGCUCCCUUGUGGUUACCCAAUCCGUCCAACUCUUCCUAUAUUGUGGACCUUGGCUAUCAACUGAACCAGGGUUACAUGGUUAGCGACACCCUCGUUACCUUCAGAAACAUCCGUUUCGCCGCCGCACCCCUCGGGCCUUUGCGCUUCAACGCUCCAGCUCCCCCGCCGGUAAACCGCACGGCAGUUCAAAACGCGAGCGACGUCAUUUGCCCCCAAGCUUACCCCAAGUGGCUCACUACGGGCGCUGUCUCGCCAUUCACCACCGACGACAUUCCACCCAUCGAUCCGCGCACGUCGGAAGAUUGCCUGUUCCUCGAUGUGUUAUUGCCUCACGGAAUCUGGGAAACGCGUCAGACGAGUCGUGCGCCUGUCCUCGUGUGGAUUCCUGGGGGAGGCUUUGACGUCGGCUGGAAAGACGCCAGCGGGCAAGGCCAUGGGCUGGUGACGCGCAGCCAGCAGUUCGGCAGCCAGGGAGUGAUUCUCGUGUCGAUAAACUACCGUCUUGGUCUUUUUGGAUGGAUGCAUGGUGAUGGGGUAACGCCCAACGCGGGCUUGCUGGACCAACGCUUUGCCCUUGAAUGGGUCCAGAAACACAUCCAUCUCUUCGGUGGCGAUCCCAAUAAGGUGACUAUCCUCGGGGAGUCGGCUGGUGCCAGCUCCGUUGAAGCCCAUAUCACCGCGUACGGGGGUGCCAAAGGACCGUCUCCGUUUCAAGGCGCCGUUGCGCAAAGCCCUUUCUGGCUGCCGACUUAUCCAUCCCCAAACUCUCACGUCGAAGCGAUCCUCAGCUUUGGAAAUGUCUCUUCACUUGCCACGCUCCGCAAAAUGUCGUCUGCUGAUCUGCAGAAGCUGAAUGCGCUUCUCGUCGGGAAUUCGCGACCCUUUGGAACUUUUACCUUUGGCAUUGUUCCUGACGGCGACUACGUUCCCGACCUACCGGGUAAGCUGUUUCAACAGCAGCGCUUCGAUCGGAACAUUUCCGUACUCACCGGCCACAAUCGGGAUGAGGGCUCGCGCUUCGUGCCCAACAGUUUAGUCACGGAUGAAGCAUCCUAUGAAGCCUACCUGAAAUCCCUCAUCACGCCUCUGGCUCAGAAUCCUGCCGCCUUGAAGACUAUCACCCAGGAACUGUACCCGCCGGUCUUCGACGGCUCCCAGGGCUACACCAACCAGACGGAACGUAACAACCUCACUUUUGCGGACGCGAACGUUGUGUGCAAUGCGCGCUUCAUGGACCAAGCGAGCUUCGUGACGCCGACGUACGCAUAUGAAUUUUCCGUCCCGCCCGCCGUCCACGGCGCCGACUUGUCGUAUACCUUCUACGACUUUGGACAACCACCAGUCGAAGGGGUCAACACGACGGUGGCGGAGCUGCUGCAGCGUUACAUUACGCGAUUUGCGGAGACGGGAGACCCCAACGGACCUGGAUUGCCUUUCUUUCCGCCGGCAAAGCCAAAGGCAGAGCCUACGCCGGGUCCGGGUUUGACGUUGACGGUCCAGAACCUGGGAAGCGAUUUUGUUGGUCCUAUGCAGGAUGAGAGUGGAGUAGAACAGUUGUCAGGGCGGUGUCGAUUCUGGCAGGAUGCACCAUAUCUUUUGAAGUAG